AUUGAGCCUGAAGAUAUCAAUGUGGAAUCGCCCCUUCAACAAGCUGCACGGGAAGGCCGAGACGAGGUGGUACAGCUUUUAGUAGAGCACGGGGCCGACAUCAAUGGGGAAGGGCAUCGCGGUAGAGAGGCAUUGUAUAGCGCGGUUUGGAACCGCAAUGACGUUGUUGUUCGACUGCUACUAACUCGUGGCGCCGACCCUAACUAUCAUGACGGAGACCGUGAAACGCGGCCAAAUGUGGCCUUGUCCAUGGCUAUGGUUGAGAAAAUUGGUCCUCUCCUGCUCCAAUAUGGUGCAGAUCCUGCUACUACAGGAUUGCAUGGGGAGACACUUCUGUCAUGGGCUGAGAGGAAUGGGCCUAAGGCUGUGCUAGAUAUAUUGGACCUCGAGCGGGAGUGCUUUGACCUUAGAGGUCAAGAUAGACAAAAUUUGCUAUCUUGGUCUGUUGAGAACGGGGACUCUGAGGUGAUGAGCCCGUUGGUAGAGGCGGGUGUGGAGGAAGAUUGCAAGCCUAGUGACAUGCUAUAG